GUGUCUGCCCGUCGAAAAGAUUGACCACUGCGACCACGAAGGAGUUGAGGGUUGAGAGAGAGAGAGAAAGAGCGAUCCUUCGCUUCACUUGUCGCAGUCGGAGAGACUCCGUGGUUGAAGUCUGUACAGCCCGCCCGGGACUUUACAUCUUACCACCAGGGUCGCCUGUCGGCUCAUUUUGCUGAUCCCACACCCGGGCCCGCGAGGAGUCUUCGUCUUCUGUCAUCAAAACCGCGGAAGUGCGGUUUUUGCUAGUCGAGACACAGUUCCAGCCAAGGUAACCUUUCGCCAUGGAUGAUGAUUGGGAUGAUUCGCCCGCCCCCUCUGGAGGCGCCGGCCGUGGCUGGGGAGGCAACGAUGACGGCGGCGAGCGUCGCGGUGGAGGUCGUGGAGGCCGCGGCGGUCGGGGUGGCUUUGGAGGCCGACGAGAUGACGACGGCGAGGGCGGCGGCGGCUACCGACGUCGCGAUGAUGACGGCGAGGGCGGCGGCGGCGGCUACCGACGUCGCGACGACGACGGCGAGGGUGGCGGCUACCGUGGUGGGCGUGGCGGCCGUGGAGGUCGUGGAGGUGGCCGCGGCGGCCGCCGAGAGGACGGAGAGGGCCGCGACGGCGACGAGGAAGGGGGCGGCUACAGAGGCCGCCGUCGUGACGACGAUGACGGCGGCUUCAGAGGCCGGCGCCGUGACGAGAAUGGAGAAGGCGGCGAGGAAAACGGGGAAGGUGGUGAGGAUAAGCCCAAGCCGCCAGUCACUUAUGUUCCCCCGGAGCCAACAGAAGAUGAGGGGGAGAUGUUUGGCACGGCUAUUGGUAGUGGCAUUAAUUUUAACAAGUAUGAUAAAAUUGAAGUGAAAGUAUCUGGUGAAAAUGCACCAAAGCACGUAAACAGCUUUGCCGAAGCGGGACUUAGGAAUAUACUACUACAAAAUAUUACGAAGUCAGGGUACACUACCCCAACACCCGUACAGAAAUAUGCCCUGCCGAUUGUAAUGGCAGGGCGUGAUUUAAUGGCUUCUGCCCAAACUGGCAGCGGCAAGACUGCUGGCUUCUUGUUACCUAUUUUGCACAAACUGUUAAGUGAGCCAACUGAUUUGGUGACAGACGGAGAAGACAGUCAACCUCAGGCAGUGAUUGUUAGCCCUACUAGAGAAUUAACUGUCCAGAUUUUCAAUGAAGCUCGCAAAUUUGCCCAUGGAUCCAUUUUGAAAGUCUGUGUGGCGUAUGGUGGUGCUGCUGUCCGCUAUCAAGCUGAUAAAGUUCGGGGGGGGUGUCAUGUGUUGGUGGCCACACCAGGCAGACUGAUGGACUUCGUCAAUAGGGGACGAGUUUCCUUCUCCUCAAUUCGGUUUGUCGUGCUGGAUGAAGCCGACAGAAUGUUGGAUAUGGGUUUCCUUCCUGAAAUGGAGAAGAUGAUGGAACAUCCUACCAUGGUUGCAAAGGGUGAGCGUCAAACACUUAUGUUCUCCGCUACCUUCCCUGAAGAGGUACAAAAGUUGGCUCGAAAGUUCCUUCAGGACUAUGUGUUCUUGGCUGUGGGUCCUGUAGGAGGUGCCAACUCAGAUGUGACACAGCGAAUUAUUGAGGUUGAAAGGAACACCAAACGUGACAACCUGAUGAAGGUUCUUGAAGAAACAGAACUCGACAAGACUCUAAUCUUUGUGGAAACUAAGAGGAAUGCCGAUUUCUUGGCUGCAUUCCUUUCUGGCAAGAACUUGCCCACCACAUCUAUUCAUGGCGACCGGGAGCAGAGGGAGCGGGAAGAGGCUCUAAGGGACUUCACCCGAGGAACCAUGAAGAUCCUGGUGGCUACAGCUGUUGCGGCCCGUGGUCUAGACAUCAAAGGUGUGGCACAUGUGAUUAAUUUUGACAUGCCCAAGUCAGUGGAUGAAUUCGUCCACAGGAUAGGCCGUACAGGUCGUGUGGGCAACACUGGAAAGGCCACCUCAUUUUAUGAAGCCUCAACUGAUUCUGCCAUCGCAGGUGACCUGGCGAAGAUAUUAAGAGAUGCUGGUCAAGAAGUACCUUCCUUUUUAGAGGGGUAUUCUUCAGGUGGAGGAUUCUCCAGUGGUACUUCAGAUAUCCGUGGUGGUGGCACCACCCAAGUGCUGGAGAAGGAUGAUGAUGAAUGGUAGGAAUGCCAUCGCCGUGACUUCAAGACAAGAACCCUGUGAUAUAUCUUUUAUCACUGUUUUUUUGUUAAUGACAUGUCUCUUGAGCGAGAUUUUUUUUUUCUGACUUUUCAUGUUUUUGACUUAAUUGUUUUUUGUACUUUAUAUAUACAUAAGAAUUAAAGUUUAGUUUUUGAUAA